AUGUCAGCUCAAGAUUAUUACGGAAAUUCUACAUCCAAACAAAGCUAUUCACGUCCUACUGCUCCGCCACCAGGGUACGAGACAGGAGCAAGAGGGUACGCUCCCGCACAAGGCCAACAACAGUAUUAUCCGCAGCAACAACAGCAGUAUUAUCAGCAGCAGCCCCAAUAUUAUCAACAACAACAGCCUCAACCCUACCAGCAGCACCCACAACAGCCCAUAUAUGUCCAACAGCAACCAGCCAGUACUGGUAACGGGGACUGCUUAACAGGCUGUUUAGCGGGGUUGUGUCUAUGUUGUACUUUGGAUAUGUUGUUUUAG